AUGAAAUUCAUCACAACAACAUUCGUCCUCUUGAUCGCAGGCAUCUGGGCUCUGCCCCAGAAUGAAGUUGAACUCGAUGGAGGCCAGGCGUUCAUCACCGUCACGAACAGGAUCCAGGCAGCCGUCAACGAGAUGAACCGACGCAUCGUGGACGCCGGGUUAGACCCGCUGGUCAUCCCAUACAGCUCCACCGGCAUAGAUACGCCCUUAGGAUGGGCCUACGCGCACGUGGAGGGCCUGGAGUGCACGGGAACCUCCCAAAACAAGUUCGACCGGCUCAGCUUCAACUCGCUCACCAUGCGGCUUAACUUCGACCUAGUGUGGCCAAGGAUAGCCUGCUCUGUCCAAUUACAGGGAGCUAAAGCAGCCGUACUCGGGCGUGAAUUUGAAGCUUCAAAUUCUGGAAUCAUUCAGUUAACUAAUACCCGCGUGGAGGGCAGCGUUCGCGUCCGCGCGAGACCCAUCAGUGGCGUCAGCAUAAUCGACUGCUCAUUACUCUUGAGCAUAAACAUUGAGUCCGACCUGAAAGUGGAGUGGCUUGGACGCGACAUCUCCCAAAAGGCGAACGGGGUGGUGGAAGCCAUAAACCAGCAAAUCCAGGAAAAUAAGGAGGCAUUUGGGAUCCAGUUGUGCAGGCUGUUGGAGCAGGCAACGUGAACAUGACACACCAGGGACUACCUCGAAAAUUGUAUCUCCAUGUUAAUCAUCCCG